CGGCAUCAUCAGAGCAUGCGUCAAACCGCUUGAUUUUAUAUGAAGCGCACGUAGACAGCUGCCGCUUGCACAUAGACAGCUUGCCUGUUUGCCCACUUGAUGGUCUGCUUAGCUUAGUACUAUAUGACUAUGUAGUAUCCGUCUUCAGUAUCUGGAAAUUGCAGUCGGCUAACGCCGAGGCUAGCGAUGUCGGAAAUGCUGAACUUGGACGUGACUCGCUGCAAUUUAAAAAUCCAAUCAGCAACAUGCCCACCUCAGCCAACUCAUACGGUGCGCCAUGCUCCUGGCCCAGGCGGGCAGGCCCUCAGGGCCCCGCCGAAGCCCGCCACUGAUGCUCGGAGCGCCUGGGUCUGCCAAGCCGGCACCUGCAUGGAGCUGCCGGCAGCUGCGCUUACGGAGGGUUCCUUCGACGUGCCACACGCGGCUGCGCGGGAGCUGGGCAUCACGGAUGGGAUGAGCGAGUACAUGUGGCGCCCGCCUGCGGACUGGGGCCCCUCCCUGCAACUUCAGGACAGGACGCUGCGGGCUGCCCAUCUGCCAGCACACGCGCAGCCCCACACGAGCAGCGGCAGCCGGAGCAGCGGCGGUCGGGGCCGGAGCGUGGCAGCUGAGGAGCGGCUGCGGGUGGAGGCGCCGGGCUUCCGGCCGUGUGCCAUCCUGUGUAUCGGCACGGGGCAGCAGGCGUCCCUCGAAUACUACCUUGAAGCAGAAGAGGUGCUGGUGCAACCGGCGGCGGAGGCGGAAAAGAUGGAGAGCUCGGCAGAUCAAGCAGGGCGGGCGGAGCCAGCGCCUGAAUCACAGCCACAGCCCGCGCCGGGCACAGUUACCGGCGGGCGGCCCAGUGCGGAAGGCGGCGGGCAAGGCAGCGUGCCGCCGGCGGCCCCGCCCUUGCCUGCUGGCAGCAGCCUCGUUGCCGCUGCGUCCAGCGGCGCUGACCCCUUUUCGCCGCAGCCGCUGCCACCAGCGCCGGGCCCACCAACGGUGCUGGGGCAGCGGUCAGGUUGGCGAGCUUGCGGGAUGCAGGAGUGGCUCUGCGCCGCAACCGCCGCGCUGCCUGCAGCUGUUGAUCACGGCGGCAGCGGUGACAGCGGCCGCGGCGCCCCGGGCGCAGCGGCAAACGGAUCAAGGGCAGGGGCCAUGGCAACGCGGGUGGCGGUGGCUGGGUCUGCGGCGGCACAGGCGUCCUCGGCGGCAGCGCUGGUGGUAGGCGGGCACCGGCUGUCGCUGCAGCUCGUGCUCGCGGUGACGCGCGACGGCUGCCUCCGGAGCCUGGUGGCACAGCUGGUGCCGUGGCGCCAGCACCACCACCGCUGCGACGGCGGCGGCGAUAGCGACAAUCAUGGCGGGCAGGAGCAGGGCGAGGCGAGGCGAGGCAGCCAUCAGGGCGCCAGCAGUAGGCUGGGGUGCGGCGGGCGGGUGGGCAGCCACCAGGUUGACAGUGGCAGCGACACUGGUGGCGACAAUGGCAGUUGUGGAGGCAGUGGAACUUGCACCCACGAUGGCGGCAGCGGCAGCAGCGCUGCUGCCAGCGCAGGCGCAGGCGCAGGCGCAAGCGCGCGAGCGGGCAGUGGCGCCGCGGCUGCCAGCAACCCAAACACCGCCCGGAGUGCCGCGGCCGCAGAUGCACCACAGCACCAGCAGUAUUGCGACAGCAGCCUCGCCCGCGACGCUCUGGCGCCCUGCUCGAUCGCCCGCCAGGUCGGCAGCACCUGCAGCGUGCCUGCCGCAGCGUGUGGGUCCGCCGCGACGCCCCGCGACCCCAGCAGCUGUGGGGGCUCGCUGCAGGCGUCGCCUGCAAGCGCCAGCCUCUGCCUGUCUGGGUCCGCCGCGGGCCUCGGGCGCCGGAGCUCUGGGUCCUUGGGCGGCUGUGGCGCUAGCAGCACCUGCACCUUCACCUCGCGGCCGUCGCCACCUGCGCCGCCGGCAGGGGCACCAGCGGUGACAGCGACGGCAACAGGGGCGCCGGCAGCGGCCUGCCUGUACACGCAUGUCGCCCAAGCAACAGCAGACUUGCGGCCGAGGUCAGGGUCCGCCGGGGAGACCGUGACCGUUGCAGUGCAGGGUCCACCGCAGCUGGCUGCGGCCACGGCCCGCUUUCAGGAGGUGGCGGCUGUGCCUACCACCGCCGGUGGCGCAGCACCCGCAGCACCUGGUGCCGAACGCACGCCAUCAGACGCGAACUCGGACAGCCAGCAGCGGGCUGUCAGCCCGGCCGCGACGCCGGCAGCAGCCGCGUGCCCACUUGCUGCAGUGAGCCCGGCCACGAAGCCGGCAGCACGUGCGGCUGCUGCUGAGGUGCCGCUGGCGGCGGAAAAGCGACCACGUGCGCGUGCUAGGGUGCAGGAGGCGGCGGCAGCAGCCGCCAGCUGUGGGGCCUAUGCAGGGCCGGGACCAGGCUCAGGGUCAGGGUCAGGACCAGGACCAGGGCCGGCCACGCGGCGGGCGUCACGGCACACGGGGCCCUUUGUGGAGGGGCAUGACGUGGCGCUGGGGCCUGCAGGGGACGGCUUGGGAGAGCUCGUGUUUAGGGUGCUGCCGCCGUUCCCUCGCGGCACACACGCGGCUUACAAGUCUGUGGCCGAGCUGGUGAAGACCGGCUUCGGCCGAAACAACGGCAAGACGAUUGACGACUGUGUGGAGGGCCGACUCGACAACUCGCUCUGCUGCGGCGUCUGGCUGCGGCCGCCGGCCGGCAUAAGCGGUAGUGGCGUCGGUGGCGUCCGCGGUGGCGGUGGCGGUGGCGGCGGCCCCAGUACCCUGCUGGCUGCAGCCACCAUCCACCUCAUCACGGCCGGCGGCGGCAGCGAGGGCAGGCACCUGCUGCUGGUCCGCUACAUGACCACGGUCGCGCCGCUGCGGCGUGCGGCGGCCCUGGGCUCUCAGCUGGUGCGCUGCCUGCAGCUGGUGGCGCUGGAGCAGCAGCACACGCGCAUGGCCGUAGUGGUCAUGGAUGCCAGCGUCAAGCCCUUCUGGGCCCUCAUGGGCUUCCAGCCCAAGCAGGCAACGCUCGGCGGCCCCGGCUGCUACGUCACCGCGCACACCAGCAGCCAGUGCGCCCGGAACGCGGGCCCCUGCGAGGUUUGGUUCGCGCCCCUCGAGCAGGUGGCCAAGGAGGCUGCGGGCGCGACUGCUAUGGCUGGGGCGGGGGCAAGGAGUGCCGCGGAGCUUGCUGCCGGCAGUGCGCGCAGCAGCAGGCGCGGCGCGGCGGCGACGACGGCAGCGGCUGCGGUGACAGCCGGGCUUACCGGUGUUGCCGCGGCGAAGCAGGUGGUUGCCGCGCUAGCCGCAGCUGUGCGCGCCAAGCUCGUGGUCCCUGAGCGGCGCAGCAAGCUGCUGCAUGAAAUCCAGAAGCAGCAACAGCAGCAGCAGCAGCAGCAGCAGCCGGGGGGCCAGCACGAGAACCCGCACUGCCACCCGCACAAGCCAGACGGAGAGGGGGGUGGCAGCAGGCGUGCCCAACGCAGCAGCGGUGUCAGCGGCCUCGCCGGCCCCGGCAGCGGCAGCGCCAGCAGGCGCACGACCAGGGAGCCGUCGCCCGAGGGGGAGCAGGAGCAGGAGGAGGCGCAGGGGGAGGAGGAGCAGAAGGAGGUGUGGGGGGCUAACACUGCAGAGGACACAGCUGCAGUUGCGGUUGGUGACAUGGGCCGUGGCGCAUCUCUGCCCAUGAUGACUGCCUCGCCGGCGCUCUCCGAUAAGCCGCUAUCACCAGAGCCAUGCAGCCCGGCAAGCCCGGCAAGCCCCAUCAGCCUGGCAAGCCCGGCAGGCUCCACCGGCGGGCCUGUGGCACGGCCGGCCCCGGGCGCGUGCGGGCUCCCGGCAGGAGGGCGUGUAGCAGCUGUAGGCGCAGUCGCAGGCACCAGCAGCAGCAGUAGCAGUAGUGGCGGGGUGCCGCCGGCCGCCGGGGCUGCGGUGGGGCUCGCCGAUCAGCUUCUGCCAGCGCUUGCACGGAGCCUUGGGUCAUUGGCGCACCUGGCGGUGGACGCGCUUCGCCGCCACAAGGCCGCGGCAACAGCACCAGGGGCGGCUGCGGCAGGAACGGCUGCGGCAGAGGCGGCUGCAUCAGGGGCAGCAGGCCAGCUGCCGCCGCUGUGGGCUGCAGACGUGCGCGGGGGCGUGCUAUUGCGGCUGGACGGGGCGCCCGUACCCGGCCUCAAGCUGUGGCUUACGCCUGCGGGGCCGACGGCGUCUCAGGCACCUGAGGUGGAAGGCACGGCGGCACGGACGGAGAAAGCCCGAGAGGAGGAGGAGGACGGGUGCGAGGGCCACGGUCCUGGAUGCGCCCCCGGCUGCAGCUGCUGCGUGCUGCUGCGUCUCCCGUGGGGCGGCUGUGGCGCGGGCAGCACCACCGACGGGGAAGCCGAAGGCUGCAGCGCACCGACGCCGCUAACUGCGCCUGGGACCACGCCUGCAUCCGCAUCCGCAUCCGCAUCUUCAGCAGCGCUGGCGCCGGGGCACCUGGUGCGAGCGACGGCGUUGUGCGGGGAGCUGUGGGCGGAGCUGGACACGUUGCUUGUGGCGCGGGGCCGGCGGCAGCAGCAGGCGGCUCUGCAGGUGCUGCUGCUCUGGCUGCACAUGCUGGCUGCGGAGGGCGGCGCGGGACCACACGGCGAGGGCAAGGGCGCUGAGGGCGGCGGUGGCCUCGAGAGCGGGGGCCACAAGCGUGUGAACAGGGCCGCGGACACGGGCCCGGGCUGGGGCUCGGGAGGUGGAGGCUGGGGCGGGGUAGCGGCAGGAGGAGACGGGCCGCGGGUCCGCUUUCGGGUACUGGGUGCUCCGAGCUAACCUAAGCAUGCGUGGUCCUGGGUACUGCUGUUGUCGUACGCUGUUUGGACUGCUGCGGGAUGUGUGCUGCGGUGGGCUGCGUGCAAGUUGCAGGUGGCAGUAGGAGGCUUCGCGCGGGUUUGGCUCAUUGGCGGGCAGGUGUCGGCACGGUGAGAUGGUGCCUCUUGCACGCAUGGGGAGGUCUGACUGAGGGAUGAUGGCCAUCUUAUAAUUGAUUGACGUGUGGAUGGAUGCGGGACGUGCACGGCGGAGCGUGCGGCGUGCCCCCUGGCGGUGCGGCGGGCCACAUGCCCAGCCAAACGGCCAGGGUUUGGGCACGGCCGCAAAUGGCGGGAACCUGACACCGCUGUUUAACUACUCCGGUGUCAAUGGUGUAGGUCAUACGGCCACAUUAGGUAAAUAUGUAUCAAUAUCGUGCUGGUGUAAACACCCUGCAUAAUUUUCAACCCGAGCC